GCAAUCUUGUUUUGGUUCGGACGGAUUGGUUUGCUUUCAACUCCCACCAACACACAGUACUAAAGAUUACCUCACUAGCAAAACACUGCUGUGCGUACACGAUUGUGUUUUUUUGUUUGCUGUUUUACACAAUACCUCACGCGUAUACAAAACUGUUCCACUGUGUGCGCUGCACACGGGAACGUUCCGUACACAGCUGCAUUUCGUGUUGUUUCCAUUCCGUCGUAGCGUACACAAAUGUAAAGCUGUGCGAUUUGGUGUCGCGAAUGUGCUGCAUCAGCAGAUAGGAAGAAGCUGGCUGAGCGGUAACUGUCGCCGUGUAAUUAUUGUGGCGCAUGGAAUGAGGGAACAAUAUUACUGAUUGUCUGUGGGACGUACGCCUUGACGCUUUUGCCACAAGUGCUCUUUUGUGUCACGAUUAGCGGAUGAGCAGUAGCGAAACUUCACAUCCGCCCACGGACGGUGCUUCUUUUGGGAGGAUCUAAAUUUUGACAAGGAAUCCACACAGGCGUUCCUCCACACCCGUAGGUUAUAGCAUCUCCUAUAAGUAACCACCGAACAGCAGCAGCACAGUACAAAACCCAUCGCACCAUGAUGCACAUGUCGUUCUGGUGGGGUUCCGACGUGGGCGAUGUGUUCUUCUCCGGUCUGACCGUUAAUGGGACCGGCCCAAUGGUAGCACUUUGUCUCACGCUAACAGCACUGUCCGUUGCCUACGAAGGGCUAAAGAUCCACGGUGCAAAGGUACGCGCACGGACAGCAAGAGAACGGGUACGGUCCGGAUCCUGCCCUCCAAGCGAAAGUGCCACCCUGCUAUCCCUGGAAGGUAGCGUCAGCAAUGGUCCACUGAUCGGUAGCACUUUGUCACGCCGUGUACGGCAGCUGCUUGCGGAAGCCAUUACCUUUCUGUUUCACAGCAUGCUUGGUUAUGCGCUAAUGCUGACGGUGAUGGUUUACAACGGCUAUCUGUUUAUUGCCGUGGUCGGUGGUAUGGGACUCGGGUACUUCCUGUUCGGUCAUCUUUCGAUGAAGGUGAACAUGGAGAACAUUCAGGCACAACAGACGAAAAUGAUCUGCACUACGCGCUGUCUAGAGCAAGCCGAAAGCUGCGCAAUGAGUCAUUCGACGCCCUGUCCAACCGGUCGCACUACCCGCUCUAAUUAUCAAACUCUGACCUAAUUUCUCACCUGCCGUCUCAUACCAAGAAACACAUCCCUUUUUCCAUCUCUUCCUGUAAGAUAAACCCGUUUCUGUUUGUUCUUUUGUCGUUUUCGAUAUUUUUUUAAGGUUUGCAUUUUGCUUACAUUUAGUUUUUGUUUUGUGUUUUUUAUAUAUUUCUUUCUUUUGCCUGAUUUUGUCACUACUCCGUUCUAGAAUCGGUAAACCCUUCUGCAUCGACCAGUCUCGAGCAUUAUCCACGUAGCCCGUCGGUCGGUCCCGAUGCACAUGCACAUGGUUCUGGAUGUCAUUAAUACAGACAGCACACGGACAGCAUCGCGCAAGCCCUACCCGACCCACGUUACCACUUCCAUCUUUUGUUCGCGUUUUGGGAUGGCGGUGACAAAGCAAAAAAAAAAACGCGCUUCCAAACGCCCAAAAGCAUGCACAACAAAUCGCAUCGAAACUGUGAUCUUUUAGCGUUUUCCCCAUCCCCUUUUUGCUCCGGUGCUUGGAGGCACGGUUCGAGGUGUGCGUAUCGAUUAGCUAUUGAUUUAAGGAAGGUGCCAAGAUUACCAUUUCAAACCUAUGGACAAUAUUUAAGGAAAAGUGGGCGCAUGUCGGUAUAUGACUGUAACGUUGAACCACAUCAACCGCUUCCGGCUUUCAUAUUCAAUUGAUUUGUGAUAUUUUUCAAUUCGUUGUUGGUUGUUUUUACAAAGCAAAAGUGUGUGUUUUUUUUAUUACUGGAAAAGUAUAAUACUUUCACAAUAAAUCAAGAAUGUAUUAAAGAUAAA